AUGACUCUGAGUCAACUGUGGACAGCAGAGUCUUUCGGCCUCUGUUUCGAACGACUGAACGACUCAUGUGUAAAGACGGUCUAUUCUCCUGUCAUUCGUGCUCCUCUCUACUUCCUCUUUGCUAUAACCAUCAUUGUGAUUGUGUUCGGCAACCUGUGGGUCAUCUGCACCCUUUCCUUUUUCCAGGAGCUCCGCACACCCACCAACUACCUGAUCGUCUCAAUGGCCGUAGCCAACCUGCUCCUGGGCAGUUUUGUCAUGCCCCCCGGUAUGGUGCGCUCUUUGGAGACGUGCUGGUAUUUUGGAGACUUCUUCUGCAAGUUUCACUCCGGCACUGAUUUUACGCUGUGUAACGCAUCUGUUUUGCACCUCACAUUCAUUUCAAUUGACCGUUAUUACGCAGUUUGUCAACCACUGCAAUAUCACAGCAGAAUUACCACACGUGUGAGCAUAGCCAUGAUCCUAUUCAGCUGGUGCUUCUCUGCCUUUACUGGCUUCGGCAUCAUAUUUUCAGGGCUGAAAAUCGAGGUAAAAAGAACCGAGGAGCUGCACGUUGCUUGCAAGGGAGGGUGUUUGGCAUUGCAUGGAAGAGAAAUCGGAGUGACAUAUUCGAUUGUGUUUUAUUUCCUCCCCAUGUUUAUAGUUGUCAGCAUUUACAGCAGGAUUUUUGUUAUAGCACAGAAACAUGUUCGUGUUAUAAAUAACUAUCCUUCAAGCUCAUCAGUUAGUAAAAAGGAUCUGAAAGCCACUAAGACGAUUGCUAUUGUCAUUGGAGUUUUUAUUUCCUGCUGGACACCUUAUUUCAUGUGUAACAUCAUAGAUCCUAUUGUUAACCACACAAUACCAGCACUUUUAUAUGAGGUUCUAAUGUGGGUGGCUUACAUGAAUGCAAUAUUUAACCUGUUGAUUUAUGCUUUCUUUUAUGGCUGGUUCAGAGAAAAAUCCAAACCUCUGAUUAGCAGAGUAUAUCGUGUAUGUCACGGUCUAAAUCUGCCACUUCUCAAGGAACAGCCUAUCAUAGGCCUGCCCAGCCGUGUAUCGUGCGCUGAUUGCCACAAAGGACCUCUUUUUGCGUGGUCUAUUUGGACCUCAAGCACACUGAAGAAUCUUUGGAGAACCCGAAGAAUUGCAGUCAGUGCCUUAUGCUGCCCAAGAAGCUUUGGCGACAUCGUCUUAAAGUCACAGAGACCCAGUGCACCGAGCUCAGCCUUUCUGACUCGGAUGGGGGACAUGGUGUUGACGACGCGCUACCAUGCUACCUCACUUAUAUGGGCUGACCAGCCCAACGCUGCAUUCCCCGUAGAUUACAUCUUCACAGGCAACCUCCAGCUUGUCGACGGACUGGUCGGUUCCAGUAAUGAGGAUGACUCGGGCCUUCUUGAGGUCUCAGAGGACAAGGAGGCCAUCUCGCCCUCUCGAUCUUAA